GCUGAUCCAUACGUGUAGAAUCCUCUAUCUCAUGAUACUGUCCGCGUGGAUCAGACUCGAAAUGAUAGUCUGCCCGGUGCCGUUUCGACCCAGCCCCCGAGUCCACUCCUGAUACCGACUGACGACUUUAUUGGACGAAGAGCAUGCUCUUUAUCCAGAAGUGAUGCCGUGUCUUUAUUCAAUUCAGCUACAAGCCCCUCUUUCGUCCGAUGUCUCUCUCAUGUCUAGACAAAGAAGCCAGCAUGCAAUCACUACCAACUACCAGUACGGAGUAACUAACCAGGGAAGAGGAAAGAACGGGUCUUUCAAGCCAGACCGAAGACCCCUGUAUCAUAGCAAGGGUUUAGGAGGGGUAUUCUGGGUAUUCUGGGUAUUCUGGGUAUCCUGGGUAUCCUGGGUAUUAUCGUCCAUCUCGGCACUAGGAAUUGUGUUAUAUCGUACGGAGUUGGACUCCGUAGGGCGAGAGUCCGGGGAGUCUGGGGAAAGAAAAAUAAAAUAAAAUAAACAAAUAGAAAACCAGCUUUGAUACUCAGACCCAAGCC